UCAUUGUCCAUAGUUCAUCACCUUUCUUCCUCUUUCGUCCCCCUCAUUGGCUAGCUGUGGUUUUUAGAAAACAUGGCUGCUGAAAUACCUCAUAAAAAAGCUCUUUCGGGCAAGCUGCUCACUAUGAAAUUUAUGCAGAGACAGCAGGAAAAAGAGACACGGGAAAAGCUGGAGCAGGAGCAAGUCAGGGUAAUUACUGAGGCCCAUUGGGUAUUGGAAAAUAAGAUCGAGCUCCCUAAACCGAAAUUCCAAGUGGAGUACGAAUCUAGUUUUUUGCAGAUGGAGAGUACUGAGCGAUCAAGCAUUGGGCGAGUGUCAUUUCAAAAUUUCAAUGAGGAGGUCGAGAGAUCAGCCUUAAAGAAAUCAAGGGAGCAGCGGCUAGAUCGUGAGUUGAAGAGAGAGAGGCACAACGAGAUUGAUGAUGUAGAUAUGGCAAAUCAACUUGGUAAUAAGGCAAAGAAAUUGAAAACAUCAACGUCACCAUCUACUUCAAAGAAACCCAUUUCAAAUAGGAGAGCGCCACCACAAUCUAAUAAUCAAGGCAGUCAGAAAAUGAAUGGAGGCAAUAGUAGUGGCAAUGGAACUAGCGAGACACAGCGGACGUUCAUGAAACCAAAAGAGUAGUAAAAACAAGGCACAUCAAAAAUCAUCUCUUCAUUCAAUUACCAAAUAGCAAUAGCGCAUACAAG